AUGCGGACGGCUUUAUCGCCGCUCCUGUUGUCCUCCAGAUGUCUGCUGGCUGCUGGAAAGCCCGCCACCGUCUGGCCACCCUCGGUCACAUUCGCUCCUAUUCAUAUAACAGCAAGCAAAGGAGUGGCGACCUCCGACCACCCAAAAGGAUGGAGUUUGAGUGACUUGUCCACCGUGUCCACCUCCACCUCGCCUCUCGUUUUCCAUCUCACGUCCAACGAUCCGUACCGUAACCUCGCCAUUGAGCACUAUAUCCUCACCAAUUCAUGCCCCAACUCGCGCAUCCUUCUCUUCUACACGAAUCGGCCGUGCGUCGUGAUAGGACGCAAUCAAAACCCAUGGCUUGAGGCAGAUAUAAAGAGACUGAGAGAGGGCCUAGAACCCAAAGGUGAUGGAUUUCUCGCGGCAGGAGCCCAUGCUCCUAGCAUUCGACAUUCGACCUCUCCAAUGGACCUCAUCCGCCGCCGCAGCGGGGGUGGGACUGUCUUUCAUGACGAUGGAAAUUUGAACUACUCGGUCAUCGUGCCCAAUUCCAAGACUUUCAAACGUAGCACGCACGCCGAAAUGGCGGUGCGCGCUCUCAAACCUUUGUCCCCCAGAUAUGGCUUUAGUGAGCUAAAAGUGAAUGACCGUAACGACAUUGUCAUGAAGGACAAAGGUGACACGCUGCAAUGGCUCAAAGUUAGUGGCAGCGCGUACAAGAUUACCAAAGGAAGGGCGCUGCAUCAUGGUACACUAUUAAUUUCGAGCCCCUACCUACACAAGAUCUCGGGUCUACUGAGAAGCCGGGGACGAGGUCUUAUACAAGCGAAGGGUGUUGAGAGCGUUAGAAGCCCUGUCGGAAACCUAGCUUGGACACCUGACCCCCAGGCGAGGGACGCAGUGAAGAAAGUCAUGACAAAUGCAAUAGCGCAACAUUUCUGGGAGAUGUACGGUGAUGGUCAGGGGCGCAAGGAAAGCCACAACGAGGUUGUCCUUGGGGACGAAAUCUUCGAUAACGCUGAGAGACCCGAGAUUCCUUCCCUGGCCUCCGGCCUCGCCGAACUCCAGACCGAGGCCUGGAUUUAUGACGGGACCCCACGCUUCGAAUUCGCCGGCGCCGUGGUCCAGGGCACCCAGGUGAAAUUCGAAGCCAACCACGGCCGAAUCGUGUCUCUGACGAUCGAAACCCCAGGAAAGCGAUAUGUGAUGGAAGAAUCCGCCUUACGGGCCAUAUCAGAGUUAAACGGCCACGAAGGCAGGCUGAUCUCCAUCCGCGACUGGUACUCAUUCCUCCGCGAGCGCAUCACGGAGUCGAUUGGCAACAACUCCGAUGGCGUCGACUUCUUCAUCCCCAGGCGCAUCUCAGAGGAGCUCCAAGACAUCUUCCCUGCCGCCUAA